AAAGCGAGGAGGAUUUGCUGGCCCUGGCCGCGUCGCGGCUGAGCCGCCGCAAGCGGGUGGCGGGCGCGGCCGUCGGGGUGGCCAUGGUGCUUCUGUUGCUGGUGGCCAUCCCGCUGCUGGUGCACAGUUCCCGCGGCCCGGCGCACUACGAGAUGCUGGGUCGCUGCCGCAUGGUUUGUGACCCGCACGGGCCCCGAGGCCCGGGCCCCGACGGUGCACCUGCUUCCGCGCCCCCCUUUCCACCAGGUGCCAAGGGGGAGGUGGGCCGGCGCGGGAAGGCAGGUCUGAGAGGACCCCCAGGACCUCCGGGUCCCAGAGGGCCCCCCGGAGAGCCAGGCAGGCCAGGCCCCCCGGGUCCUCCUGGUCCAGGCCCAGGAGGGGCCGCUCCCCCUGCCGGCUACGUGCCUCGAAUUGCCUUCUACGCCGGCCUGCGGAAGCCGCACGAGGGUUAUGAGGUGCUGCGCUUUGACGACGUGGUGACCAAUGUGGGCAACGCUUACGAGGCGGCCAGCGGCAAGUUCACCUGUCCCAUGCCUGGCGUCUACUUCUUCGCUUACCAUGUGCUCAUGCGGGGCGGCGAUGGCACCAGUAUGUGGGCCGACUUGAUGAAGAAUGGACAGGUUCGGGCCAGCGCCAUUGCUCAAGACGCGGACCAGAACUAUGACUACGCCAGUAACAGCGUCAUUCUACACCUGGAUGUGGGCGAUGAAGUCUUCAUCAAGCUGGACGGUGGGAAGGUGCAUGGAGGCAACACCAACAAGUACAGCACCUUCUCGGGUUUCAUCAUUUACCCGGACUGAGCCAGGACCCCCCCCCCCCCAUGCCCUCCUUGCCCCUUCACUCCCAUCUUCACCUACCAGCAGGUCCCACCCCAUCGUUAGUAAGAACUUGGCGAUGGGGCGGAGCCUCCAGCUCUGGGAGGUGGCUAAAAUGGCCGGAUUUGGGGCGAUCAAGGUUAUGUGUCUGAGGAGCAGUGAGUUUAGGAAGGGACCAUCUGCAGCCAUGUGAGCUAGUGAAAGCCGAUCCAGAGAGGGUCCUGAGGUCUUGGUCCUCUCUUCUAACUAGCGCUGGGGAGCAAUCUCACUAGGCAAGCUCAGCUCAGAGGCCCAAAAAGCAGGAAGGAUGCUCUGGCAGCUUGAGUGAAAAGACUAGAAAUCGAAAGGAGCCCGUCUAGGUGAGAGAUGUUAGGAUAGGGUAUCCCUGGUCAGGACCAAGACAACUUUGUCUCCGUAUCUCCCUUCAUCUUCAUUUUAAGGCUCCAGCCUGGCAACUUUCCUAUGAACUGG